CGUUCGCAUUGAGUUCCAAUUCAGACGUCGUCGCUUUCAAACGUGUUACGCGCGUGCUUCGCGCAUUGUUCAUUUGACAAAUUCGUUGAAUUUCCAAGAAAAGCAAAAAAUUGCACCACGAUCAGCGCAACAAGUGUAAAGUUUAUGCGUAAAUCGUACGAAAUCAAAAAAAUAGUGAAAAUCGAAGUGAUUGUGUCUUUUUUUGUAUAGCAUUUAGGUGCUUUAAUAGCCAUUCUUUGGCUUGGCCUUCGAUCCUAGUGAUCUGUGCGUCAAAAUGUGCGGCAACAAAGUUAAAAGUUAUUUGAGUGCUGCGUUAAUUUAAUUAAGCGUGGCAAUAAAUUUGUUGCUAAUUUUUGUAGUGUACUGGUUUAAAAUUGUUUGUUCAUUUAUGCCUGGGAUUACCUGGACGUGUUCUUAUUUGGAUUUAAAUAUCGCGGCGAAACGUCAUAAAAGUUAGCUGACGGAACACUGGAACAGAUAAACGACGUCACACUGGAGUCACAAAUACGAUAAACAUUCCACAAAUUCCACAUUACCUCCCUUCAACUCUUUCAUUCUCUCUCUCUGUCUGUCCGACUCUCUCCAUCUCGCGCUCUCUCUCUCGCGCUGUACUCCCCGCCCUCUCUCGGCAUGUCACAUGAUAAGAAAAUGUUGGAUCGCGAGGCAGUACGUUCAGUCAUACAGCAAUGGAAUGCCAAUCGAUUGGAUCUCUUUGCGCUCUCCGAACCGGAUGAGAAUCUGCUCUUCCAUGGCGUUAUGCGCUUCUACUUCCAAGAUGCCGGCCAGAAGGUGGCCACCAAAUGCAUUCGCGUUGCCAGCGAUGCGACAGUCACAGAUGUCAUAGACACAUUAAUUGAGAAGUUUCGUCCGGAUAUGCGCAUGCUAUCCGUGCCCAAUUACGCCCUCUACGAGGUGCACGCCAACGGCGAGGAGCGCCGCCUGAAUCCAGAUGAGAAGCCGCUGCUCGUUCAGCUCAAUUGGCAUAUUGACGAUCGCGAGGGACGCUUCCUGCUCAAGAACAUCGAUCAGAAGACAACGCCCAUCGAGCAGUCGGAAUUGAAUUUCAAGCGCAAGCUCUCCAAGCGUGAGAAGAAGGAGCAGAAGAAGAAGGAGAAACUGGCCAAGCUCAGCUCGGAUGUGCCGCUCUCCAAUGGCAGCCAGGUGGGCGGCAUGGGCAACGGCGUCGGCAGCGCGGGGGCAGCAGCGGCGCACAUGAACGGCAAUGCAGGCGGCGCAGGCAAUGGGGAGGCCGGCGAUGCCGUUGCUGGCAAGCUAUACACAGAGCUGCCGGAGACGUCGUUCACACGCUCGAUCUCAAAUCCGGAGGCGGUGAUGCGACGCCGAAGACAACAAAAGCUAGAGAAGAAGCUGCAGCAGUUUCGUUCCCGCGACGGCGGACCCGACACGGGCGGCACCCUGAAAAUCUACGGCGAGAGCCUGUGCCAGGAUGUGCCCUACAAGACGCUGUUGCUCUCGAUACGCGACUGCGCCCAGGCGGUGGUCAGGGAGAUGCUCAGCAAAUACGGCCUGGAAAAGGCGGAUCCCUUGCACUAUUGCCUUGUACAGGUUAACAGCGAUGGCACGGAGUACAUACUUGACGACGACGAGUGCCCCUUAUCAAUACUCAUGAAUCAUCCAACGUCGCGCGGUUCCAUCAUGUUUCAUGUGCGCCGCCGUCCGGCAGAUUCGCAGCCGCGACGCCGCAAGAAAAAGCCAUUGGGCGCUGCAAACGGUGCAAAUCACAUGUCCGGCGAUCGCGAAGGACCCGUCCUUGUCGAAGUGACGCACAGCGGCGAUGGGGGUCGACGCAUUAAGCUGGGCAGCGAUCCGGUCGAGGUUGGGUCAGCGAACACCAAUUGCCUGCAGCUCUUCGGUCCCUCCAUACAGCCGAGGCAUUGUCUCAUCUCGCUGCUGGAGGGCGUUUGCACGGUGACGCCUCUGCACACGGACGCGCUGACCUUCGUCAACGGACAUCACAUUAGCCAGCCAACCAUAUUGCAUAACGGUUCGGUUGUCAUGUUCGGACGUGUCGCCUCGUAUCGAUUCCUGGACUCGCCCACAGAUGGACGCUAUAAUCUGGCCCUCUCGCAAUCCCAGCUGGACUCGGCCUGCCUCUACGAAAGUCGCUCGCCCACGUCUCCGGGCUCUUGGAACGAUGAGGAUGGAGCACUUAGUUCGACGCAGAAGAGCGAAUAUGAGCAUAAUCAGCAGCUGAAUCAAAGCAACGCUGGCUUCCACAGCAGCUCAGCAGACCCGCACGCGCUCCGAGAUGUGGUGGACAGCAAACAUGGCAGCCAGGAGCAGCAGCAGCAGCAGCAGCAACAGUUGUCCAACCCUGGUGGCAAUUAUGAUGGUCAAAGCUUAGAAGGUAAUCUGGAGAAUGAAAUCAAGUCCAUAUCGAGCAUGAAAUCGAAUGGCUCCAACAGUCAGGACAGAUCGCCCAAAUUGCCAGGUGCUGGCAGUCAUUUGGCCGGCGCCGGCGGCAGCGGCUCGGCAGAUGCCCAGGGUCAGGAGCCCAUUUUGCCCGCUGUUCUCGAAUUUCCCGAAACACAUCAGGAGCACUUUCUGCGUCACAUCAUCACCGAACUGGAUGUGAAUGUGCCGCACUUCAAGCUGGCGCCCGUCUAUUCGCUCUACCUGUGUGCCAGAUAUCGCGCCUCCACCCACUAUCGUCCUGAGCUGCAGCCCACUGAGCGCGCCCACAAGCUAACCAUAUUCCUGCAUCAUGUGGCGAAUCUGGUCUAUGGUGUUGUGCAGGAGCAGUACACAGAUCCACGUAUACUCGCAUUUUGGAUGGCGAACAGUUCGGAGUUUCUGCAUUUCCUCAAGUCGGAUCGUCACAUCAGCGCCUUUAGCGUGCAGGCGCAGGAGGUGCUCGCGGAGGCGGUGCAGACGGCAUUUCGUAAUCUGGUCAAUUGCUUUCGCUUGGAGCUGUCGCAGACUCUGAAUCAAUUUCUCUCGGAGACGAUUGAUCAUGAUUCCGCGGCGGGUCUGGUGCUGACAGUGCUUGGCUCGGCGAUGGCUCUGCUGCGGCGCUGUCGCGUGAAUGCCGCCUUGACCAUUCAGCUGUUCUCGCAGCUCUUCCACUACAUCAAUGUCAUAUGUUUCAAUACGAUUGUGGCCAAUUCGCACUUGUGCACCGCAGAGUGGGGCAAGGUGAUGACGGAGCGCCUGCAGCUGUUGGAGCUGUGGGCUGAACGUCAGGGCCUGGAGCUGGCUGCUGAUUGCCAUCUGGCUAAGAUCAAUCAGUGCGCGCAAUUCUUGCAGGCGCCCAAAUCCUCUGUGGAGGAGAUACAGCAAUUGGCCUGCUCCUGCUUUCGGCUCAACUCCUUGCAAAUGGGCGCACUGCUGCAGCAGGAGAAGAUACCACGCAAUCUAGUUGACACGGCCAUACGCAUGGCCGAAUCGGUGGCCGAUGAGCUGACGCGUGCCGAUGGACGCGAGGUGCGACUGGAGGAAUCACCCGAACUGCAUUUAGCAUUGCUGCUGCCCGACGACGGCUUCAGCUGUGACGUGGUGCGCGGCAUACCCACCGGCUUGGUCGACUUUCUGAAUCCCCUACAGCAGCAGGGCAUGUGCCGGCUGGCUGCACAGCCCACCUCGAUUGGACUCUGGACGGUCUAUAUGCAUCAGUUUAAUCAGGCACGCAGCUCCAGUGCCAUGUCGAACAAGCUGCCCCAGCCCGAGGUGCAGCUGAUUAAGUUGCACAAGAACAGCAACGGCAUGGGCCUGUCCAUCGUUGCCGCCAAGGGCGCGGGCCAGGAGCGUCUGGGCAUCUACAUCAAGAGCGUCGUGCCAGGCGGCGCUGCCGAUGCGGAUGGCAGGCUACAGGCUGGCGAUCAGCUGCUGCGUGUGGACGGACAGAGUCUGAUUGGCAUCACACAGGAGCGUGCUGCUGAUUAUUUGGUGCGCACGGGUCCCGUUGUCAGCUUGGAGGUGGCCAAACAGGGCGCCAUUUAUCAUGGGCUGGCAACGCUGCUGCAGCAGCCCAGUCCCGUUAUACAGCGUGGUAAUCGCCGCAUGUCCGAGCGCGAUUUGAGUCGCAUGGGCGGGGCCGAGUCGUCCAAGUCAUUGGGCGGCAUUGGCGGCCCGCUCAUCGCCAAUAGCCAUACGAGUCACAGUCUCAAUCAGCACUUAAAUCUGAGCAAUAGCAACAUCAACAGUAGCCAAGCACACAGUCACAACAGCAACAGCAACAGCAACAUGGGCAACAGCAACAACAUCAUGAAUCCCUUAGCUGCACACCUAUCCUCCAAUAGCAAAUCGGUGCCGGCCCUGCAUCAUCACACGGGAUCUGGCAACAUAUCGCUGGCCAAUUCCAAGUCACGGAGCACGCACAGCUUGCAUAACAAUGGAGGUCAGCCAAAUGGCAGUCACACUAAUCCCAAUCUGAAUCCGAAUCCGAAUGCAAAUGGAAAUGGCAACGAGCAAGGCUUCUACCAGAAUUUAAGCGUGUAUCGUGCACAGAAUCAAAGUCAACCAAUUUUGAACGAACGACCCAGCAUGUCUGCACAUGCCGCCAUGAGCGCCUACAAUGGCAAUUCCCCGCAUGCCGCCACACUGCAACAACAGCAACAACAACAGCAGCAGCAGGCCUCGCCUUACCAACAACAUUUGCAGGCCAGCGCUAAUCUGCCCAGUCGCCCUGUUUCCGCCUAUUAUCACAGUCAGCAAAGUGCACAGCAGCAGCUGCAACAGCAACAGCAGCAGCAACAACAGCAGCAACAUGCACUGCAACAACAGCAAUUCGCACACAGCAGCAGCAAUCUAAAUGGAUUGAACAAUCGCGCGAAGAAUCAACCAAACUUUCAGCACACGCUGCGCAUGCAGCAAAUGUUGGCGCCAUCCAUGCCCAACAUCAGCAACAUGUACCAGCAGCAGCAGCCGCACCAACAGCAACAACAACAGCAGCAGCAGCAACUGUCCCAGCAGCAGCCGCCUAUGAGCGCCAGCCAAAGCAUGCAGAAUGUGAAUGAAUUUAUGCCGGGCUAUCAAAAUGGGGGCUUAGACUAUCAGCAACAUGCGCGACGCAGUCAGCUGCAUGAGGCAGCAGCACUCUACGAACUGCAGCAGCAACACCAACAACAGCAGCAACAUCAACAGCAACAGCCUUCACCCAACUUUAUAACGCUGCCACCAAAGCCCAUUGGCAGCUUACAAUCCCCAAGCAAGCUAGUAGGUCCACCCAGCACAGCGCCCAAGCCACAGCAACAACAACAACAGCAACAACAACAACAGCAACAACAACAACAGCAGCAGCAACAACUGCAACAACAGCAGCAACAACUGCAACAGCAACAGCAGCGACUGCAGCAACAACAGGCAGGCUAUCUGUCGAAUCAUGUGCUGGGCGAGGAUAAGCCGCCAUUGCCACCGACAGCCACGCAUCCGCUGUUCAAGGCAACGCAGCAGCUGGCGCCGGGCAUGAAUUAUGUGGCCAGCACUUUGGAUCCACCGAAAGGCAGCUAUUUGCCUGGCAGCCAGUCGUCGGCCCGUUCACUGCACAGCGGCAGCAAUCCCUGGGAGCGUGAGGAGCGCGAGAAGGAUUUGGAAAUGCGACGGGAGCACAUCAGGCAAUGGCGGGAGCAGCAGAUCGCAGAGCUGUCGGCCAUACUGGCGCGCAGUCCGCAGCAGGAGGAGCAGCUGAAGACGCUUAUACUCGAACGCGACUUUGAGCGGCGUGCACAGGAGCUGCAGGAGCAGGAGGAGGACCAGGAUCAGGCCUACGACAAGGACAAUGUGCAGGAGCUGUUCCGUUUGUCAGCGAGCGGUCAGGUGCAGGCCAGUGCCAUACAAACGCCCAUCACCAGCUACCGUCAGACCGAGAUCAAGCUGGCCGAGAUCGGGGAGAGCAGUCCAGUUGAACCGACAACAACAACAGCAGCAGGACCAACAACAGCAGCAGCAGCAGUGGUAACCUCGACAGCAACAGCCACGCCACCACAGCCACAGCCCAAGAGCAUACUGAAGCACAAUCGCUAUACGGACGGUGGCAGCGGGGGCAGCGCUACGGGUGCGCCCUCUUCGCCUUCCAAGUCUCAGAAAUCGGCUAGCUUUGCGGACGAACGGCAUCUGCAAACGGAGCAUCCCAUAUCCAGUUUGGCCAAGGAGCUCACACAGCUGAGCAUGCUCGACAAGGACAACAACAAUGAGACAGCCUUGGAUGGGUCAGUGCCACCGCCGCCGCCGCCAGAGCGCAACAGCUCCUAUUUGAUCAUGUCACAGCAAAAGCUGCGCGGUAGCAUGGGAGGCAAUGCGUCCGCCACGUCUUCGAUGGGGCUGCUGAAGACGGCCACCAGCAAUCAGGCAGCCGCCGUCGAGGUGAAGAAGGCGACAAUGCAUGGCAUCACAAAUAACAACAACAACAACAACAACAACAGCUUAAACAAUAACACAAUGCAAUCAUCGCCGCUGAGUGCAAUGGAAUUGAAUGCCGCCUAUGUGUCAGCGACGGGCACGGGCACGGGCAUGAGCCUGGGCACGCCGCCGCCGUUGCUGCAGCGGGACAACAAACGCGUGAGCUUCCACGACGAGGACAACAACUUGGUGAGCCAGCAACAGCAGCAGCAGCUGCUGCAACAGCAACAGCAGCAAUAUCUGUUGGAUAGCUACGCGCUGGAGAGUCAGGAUUUGGAAACCAUACGCGAGGAUGCGAGCUACAUGCAGCACAAUGUGGAUGUCUCCAUGUUGCCCUCGAUGCCUGCGACGCCGGAUGCGGCGCUCUGGAAUACCACAGUGCAAUCAACGCCUGGCGUCAUAGGCGCCCAGGAGGUGUACAGAGACCCUCGAACACGUCGCCUGGCGGAGAAGCAACAACAGCAGCAGCAGCAACGCGCUGGCGAUGCGGUGCCUGAGAAGCUGUCGUUCAAGGAGAAAAUGAAGAUGUUUGCACUGGAAUCGGGUGAGGAUAAUACGCCCAAGGACAAGCUGAAAAUAUCACGAGCGCAACGAGACAUUGAUGCAGUUCACUGAGAGCAGUUGACAAAUUUAUAUACAUACAUGUAUAUCAUAAGAAUCCUAAGCAGUAGUACACACCCACACAUACACACACAUAUACCAUAUCACUCAGUCGAAUUGGGGGCCAAUAGCGCUAUAUAACUAAAUAUAUAAAUAUAUAUGUAUGGACCACACAUAGCAAACAUAUGACAAACCUAACGAAUUUGCUUAGCAUCCAAUAGUUGCAUUAGGAUCUAUAUAGAUGGACUAGUUGCGUAGUGUGAGUAGUUAAAAAAGAGUUGAUAUCGUUAACUGAAUUCAAUUAGUGAAAAGCAAAAAUUAGCAUAUUAAACCAUAGUCUACAUAUACACAAUAUAUACAUAUAUACAUACAUAUACAUUCAUAUACAUAUACAUAUAUAAAGAUAUUGAAAGCCUAAACAGGGCAACGAAAGUUGGGCGAGCCACAUUUGUAAAGCAAAAUGCGAAUAUAUAUAUAUAUGUGCACAUAUAAAAUAUAAAUCUAUAUAUAUUUACAAACUGUUGCAUCAAAUGGAAAUAUUUAGUAUUUACUUUUAUCGAUAGACAUGUAAAUGAGGAUGUGCGUUAGUUUAGAUACAUUUACCUGGGAAUUGUGCGGAACAACAAGAAAUGUUUAUUAUUAUUAACAUUAUUAUAAAUAUAUAAUAGGAAACGAUACGCCACGACGUCAUAUAACAAAUGGUCCAAUUCAAUUAUUA